CCUUAACUUCCUUCGACUUGAGUGGCAAAUAUACUUGUAAAAAAAAGAAGAAAAAAAAAGUAAAUGAUACUAGCGACUUCUUGAUCCUGUCUGUAUACAAGGAAUGGCAUGUGUAGGAAUGUCCAGAGCAUUCAUGUUCUCAAUUCUGGGAACAAGCAGAUCUCAGACUCUGAAAACAUUCCAAUACCAGUAGCAGCAACAAUAGAUAGCCUGACCUCAUGUGCAGAACGAGUUGGCUGUAGGGGGAAGGGAUCCGAGGAACACAAAUGAAUUUCAACAUGUUUUAAAGGGCCUUUUUUUUUAUUAUUAUUCAACAAUUUUAUUUUUUAUAAAUGUGCUCCCACUUAGUUUCUCACGCUCAUCAUUCGAACCAAGAAGAAAGCAUAUCUGCACUACUGCAUUUUCACACGCUAUCCUAAAAACACACACGCAAUCAAAGCACGUAUAAAUUUAUAUAUCAAUAAUAUAUCAUGGAGUCAGCUUGGGGUAUUUCUCGCAAGUCAACUCGCGAUCAUAGCGGGCCGUCAUCGACAGAGGCAGGGGCAGGGGCAGGGACAGGUGCAGGGACAGGGACAGGAGCAGGGGGCUUGAAACUUGUUCAACUUCAACGCCACAUUCCUGCUCUCAGUAGAGGCUUACCUACACUAUUAACUAUCUCAUCCUCUACCAUCUCUUCAGGACCCCUCAGCAGUAGUGCUCACGGAUCAGGCGUUAUCCACCCCAGAUUAUCCGCAUUCCUCACAAGCCCUAGCACUACUUUUGAGUCCUCAUCAACAGGUUCUAGCAAUAACUAUAAUCAUAGCAUUAGUCAAUAUGCUGGAGGAAUCGAGUCAGAGUCAGCGCCGACAACGCAUGGUGCUCUCUCAAAUUUAGGAAGUUUUGCAGGCGGUAAUGGCGAAUUGGGGAAAGGGUCGAGUGGAGAAGAACUCCAUGCUUCAUCUAAGAGCACUACCACCAGUCUUUCCACAUCAACUCCAACCUUAUCCUCUGGGAAUGUUUUGCUUCAUAUCCCUGGAUCAUCCGAAACUCAUCCAUUGCACUACAAUUGGGUAUUCUGGUUCAUGCAUCGGGCACCUGGCAGUAAGAUCUUGAAUUACGAAAGCUCCAUGAAGAAGAUUACAACCUUUGGAUCUGUUGAAGCUUUUUGGGCUGUAUAUUCACAUCUUCGCCGACCGAAUGAGUUGCCACAUGUGAGUGAUUAUCACCUGUUUAAGCAGGGAGUGCGGCCAGUAUGGGAGGAUCCUGCCAACAUCAGUGGAGGCAAAUGGAUCGUGAGGCUUAAGAAGGGUUUAGCGAGCCGGUACUGGGAGAAUUUGGCAAUGGCAGUCAUUGGAGAUCAGUUUGAUGUAGGGUCUGAAAUCUGUGGAAUUGUAUUGUCUAUUCGUGGAGCAGAGGAUAUCCUCUCGAUAUGGAAUAAGUCAGCAGAUGAGGGCCGUAUCAAUCUAAAGAUUCGAGAUACUAUGAAACGGGUCCUGGAUCUCCCUAUAGACACUGUCAUGGAAUACAAAAGCCAUAACGAUGCACUUAAGGAUAAUACUAGUUUUAGAAACACUGACAUAUUUAGAUGAAUAGAAAAUCCUAUUUAUUUCGGCGAUAUCGCAAAUAUG